AUGGCAGACAGAACGACACCAGUUCUUUCGCAGCUCGAUGUGGUAGGAAUCAGCACUAUAAUGCAAAAAAUUAGGUUCUUUCGAUGAAUUAUCCUCCUCUCCCAAAGUUGGAAACGUUAAAGCAAUGAUCAUUUGAUGAACAAGUAUUCACUUAAUGUUUCCAUAUUGCUCAUCAAGAUAAAUGUGAUAGGGGCGCUGUGAUCAGUUAAACCAUAAGGGCUAUGAUCAGAAUCACAGUGAGUGCACCAUGGGAAACCCUUAGUUUGAAGGGUGCGUUACAAGUCAACGGCUCUAGCACGACAUAUGUUACACGGCUCCUUCUCUCGAUGGCUAUCAAGAACACAUCGGAUGAAGCUUCACCCCCAUCAUUGGUUUAGAUAUCCAUCAAGCUCCAUCUGCCAUGCUCGAUGAGUGCUGACCAUCUUUCUGCAAACCCAUCCAGAUAAAAAAUUUCAUUGGAAUAAAGCCCAGACUUUUGUCGAUAUCUAUCAUCCGCUUCUUGGAGCCUCUGGAGCUAUCGUUUUGCGUCAUAUGAACAUGAUUGAUCGAUCAGUUUGGCACCAUUAAUUAGUAUGAAUCUUGCAGCAUCAUAUGAAUUUAUUGCCUUAGUUUCUGACCUCUUCGUUCAUAUGUUGUCUGCAUGCUUCUUUUUCUUUUUCGUUUUUUCUGUGGCAUGCGGCUGCUGAGGCCUCUCGGGUUCUGUCUCCGUGCAGCUGUGCUUCUUGUGGGUACCCUUUAAACUUGACAUCCUCUAACAGAAUCACGUCUGGCGUAGGCUCCGAGUACCGUAAGUCCAUCAAGAAGGGUGUCAUAACCUUCGCCUCUGUAGACCUCAGCAGGUUCACCCAGGUGGACGAGGUCACCUGCUUCCCCGUCUCCUGGCGCCGCCGCCGCCGCACCAAGACCAGCCUUCUCUGCCGCAACUGCGGCGCCCUCAUCGGCCACGGCCACGGCGACCCCGCCGCCUGUCAAAAAUACUCCGCCAAGCUCGGCGCCCUGCAACCCUUAGACAGCGGAGGCCACUGA